UAACUCCUUCUGUUCCAAUUUCCAAGCUUUAAAGGCAAACAAAGCAAAACAAACAAACGGGGUUUUAGAAAUGGAAUCAUAAGAUCUAAACUGGGAAAGGAAAAUGAAAGCAUGGUUUUUAAGUUUGAGGUGACUCACCGAGUCGUGACUCGUUAGCUUUUUAAUAAGAUUUUCAUGUGUCAAGUUGAGGAUUUUUUUCAAGGUUUUUAAAAACAAACCAUUGUUUGACUCAAAAAGCAGAGAAGAGUGGGGACUGGAGAAUAGGGAGUGAUGGCCAAGUAGAUCUGAAAGGUGGUGAAAAUCCAGUAGGUAGUGCCCAAAUUUUUCUACUUUGAAUCAAAGGGUCAUCAAAUGCUUUAACGAUUUGGUGUUUCUGGCUUCAGACACCGUCACAAAAUGCCACACCCUUCUUUCCACAAGCUUCUUCUACCCUCUACUCUCCAACCCAACCAACUGAGGCUUCCAGAUAAUUUUAUGAGAAAAUAUGGUGGCGAAAUUUCUCCAAUUGUUACCCUCUCAGUUCCUGAUGGUAGUGUCUGGCGUGUGGGAUUGAAAAAGGCAGACAACAAAUAUUGGUUCAUUGAUGGUUGGCAAGAAUUCAUUCAACGUUAUGCCAUUGGUGUUGGAUACUUGUUGGUAUUCGGAUUUGAAGGAAAGUCAUCUUUCAAUGUUCGUAUUUUCAAUUUGGCCACGUCUGAGAUAAACUAUCAAUCAGCCACGCGAAGCAGUAAUGAAGGGCCCUACUUCGCAAAUCGUGUCAAGAUUUUUGAAGAAAUGGAAGAUGAAGAUUCCAUUGAAAUCUUGGAUUCAUCUCCUUCACAUCUUGCUUCACAAAAUAAAGCUCUUGCUGGAUCAGUAGAUAAAAUGACACCUGGAAAGAGUUAUACACCAGCAUUGCAGAAUCUGUUCAAUGGAUCAAAACUUAAUAGCAUAAACUGGGGAGAGGGUGGGAAUGCCCAUUCUUUGAGAAGCGCCAGUGAUAAUAGGAUGACCAGAGAUAUUGGAGUUCAGUUUAAUGCAGUUGAGUUUAAAAGAUCCACUGAAGAAUUGAAAUUGCGUGCUUCCAUCGAGGAAAGGAUUAAAAAAACUGCAAGAAAGAAGCGGAAAUCAGAAGGCCAGGACCCCUCUGCCGAACAUGAAGAAGAGGUAGAAAUGCGCUUUAGAUUCUAUGAAAGUGCUUCUGCAAGAAAAAGAACUGCGACAGCCGAAGAAAGAGAAAGGGCCAUCAAUAUGGCAAAAGCAUUUGAACCACCUAAUCCUUUCUGUCGGGUUGUCUUGCGGCCCUCCUAUUUAUACAGGGGAUGUAUAAUGUAUUUACCAUCCUGCUUUGCAGAAAAGCAUUUGAAUGGAGUUUCAGGGUUUAUCAAACUUCAGAUCUCUACCGGACGACAGUGGCCGGUUCGCUGCCUUUAUAGAGGAGGUAGAGCCAAGUUAAGCCAGGGGUGGUUUGAAUUUUCCUUGGAGAACAAUUUAGGGGAAGGUGAUGUCUGUGUGUUUGAGCUUCUUAGAAUGAAAGAAGUAGUGCUUCAAGUUACUGUUUUUCGCAUUACUGAGGAUGUGGGAUUGUUGAGCCCUCCUUUGCAGCAGAACCAAAACAUGAACACACCUAAAUUGUUGAACAAUCCCUUGCAGCAACACCUCACUUCCACUAAACUGAUUAGAAAUUAGCAGCAGGUUCAUUCCUGGUGCUCAACUGUAUCAAAUAACCCCUUGCUUCUGUGUGGAACUUAGAUGCUUUUUUCUGUCCAACAUUUCAGGGUGACUUAAGUGGAACGUAGUUGUUAUAGUUUUGAUACCCUUUUUUGUUUUCACCUCUCUAGACUUGGGUUGUAAAUAGAUUGUUCAAUCUAGCUCAUUAGAAACUCAGUCAAUAUGCUUGUCCCAUAGUAUUGCUGCUUAUCUUGGUUUAUUUAUUUAUUUAUUUGCUGUUUGAAGUUGAAUUGUAUAGCUUCUUCUGCUUGACAACUUGAUUCACUGUUUUUGUUGA